AGACGAACCACAUCCGAAAGGCUAAAGAGGGAAGUGUAAUUCAUAAAACCACCAAGAAGAGGCCCUGAGGAGGUUAUAGAAGCAGAGGUGGCGUAUCCAGACAUGCCCAGAGGCCUCAGCUGCUUGGCGAGCCCGGAGGGGGCAGACGGCAGGUAUGAGACCCCCCCAGCUUCAGAGCUCCACAGGCUGAUGUGGACAAAGAAAGGGAGCAGCAACCAUCUGGAUGAGGUUCAGCCCAGGAUCUAUAUUGGAGACAUGUAUGCAGCCAAAGACAAGAGGACCCUUCAGGCUCACCACAUCACGCAUGUGCUUAACGCUGCCGAUGGGAAGUUCAGUGUGAACACGGGCCCCAGCUUCUACCGAGACACCAAAAUCACUUAUCAUGGAGUGGAAGCUUUUGACAUGGAAUCCUUUAACCUGAGUCCCUUCUUUUACCCAGCUGCCAAUUUUAUCAAGAACGCUUUGAGCUCGCCCACAGGUAAAGUGUUUGUUCACUGCGCGAUGGGUCUCAGCCGCUCGUCCACCUUGGUUCUGGCCUACCUGAUGAUCCACGAGAACAUGACACUGGUGGAUGCCAUCAAAGCUGUCAGCGCCAAUAGGAACAUCUCACCUAAUGCUGGUUUCCUGGAGCAGCUUCGAGAGCUGGACCAAAAGCUGCACUGCCAGGGAUCAUCGAGGAGCUGGAGCGCCAACAGGUGGACUUGAGAUAAAACCCAUCAGUCCAUAAAUUUGGAUUAUCUUGUUGAGUUUGAAGUAGAUAUUACAGCGAAGAUAUGAACAAUGAUCUAACUGUCUUGUCUUUGUAAGAAAUAUUCCAUUUUGUGAAGAAAUUAAACUGAUUUAGA